AUGAGCAGCAUAUCGUUCGCUGCGUCGACGUCUCAGAAUGCCCUCUCGUCGUCUGCCUCCGUCUCUUUCCGGGGCACAACUAUCGCCGCUCCCCGCCGAAUCUCCGCCGCGGCGACUGCCUCCGCCGCCGUUGCGGUGCCCGCGCAGGCUUCCGCCGUUUCCGCCGCCGACGGCGCCGACGGCGCCGCUCAAGGUGAGGGGACGCCAGGGGAGGUGCAAGAGGGGGUGCAGCGGGCACUGGCGGCAGUGAAGCACGCGCCAGCAGGCACGCCGUUGUCGCUGCUGCAGCGGCAGCUUGCGUCCGUCCUCACGCCGUUCGCCGAUAGACUGGAUUCGCGCGCGUUGAGUAGCAUCAUGAAACAACAAGAGGCGGACUGGCGUGUUGUGCUGGCGCUCUACGAUUGGAUGGCGGGGCAGGGCAUUCCGCGCAGCAUCCACGUGUACACGGUGGUGCUCUCGUGCCUGGGGCGGGCGGCACAGUGGAACCACCUGCUGUCCGUUUUGGACGAUAUGGCGAGACUAGGAGUCCCAAUGGACGAUUACGUGUACAACACGCUCAUAGUCGCCUACUCCAAUGCGGGUCGGUUCAACGACGCGUUGGGGUGGUUUGAGCGCAUGGAGAAGGCAGGAUGCAUGCCCAACCAGGUCAUUUACACGACAGUGAUGAAGCUGUUUGCACGGGCGGGCAGGACUGAUGGUGUGGCACGCAUUGCCGCCCUGCUCAGGGAGGAGGGCAGCAGGGAGGACGGCCUUUUUCGGCUGGAUUCUAAGACGAUAUGCGCGCUGAUCGCUGCGUACAACAGCAUGGGGGACUUGAAGUCGGCUCAGGAGGUGUUUGAAUUAGCGCGAGCAGGCACCCCCCCAGGCGAGUGGGACGUGGUGGUGUGGAACGCCAUGGUGGCCGCGUAUGGGCGGGCGGGCAAGGUGAGGCAGGCGGAGGAGCUAUUGCUGCAGAUGGAGGCACAGGCGGAUGGGGGAGACGGAGCGGAUGGGAGGGAUGGGGGGGUGGAUGCGGAGGGGGAUGGGGCUGAUAGCGCGGAUUGGGGCAGUAUAGAACCCGAUUGGGGGAGUGUUGAGGUAGAUGGGGGGAGCCUUGAAGCGGACGGGGUGGGUCAGGGCGUGGGACAAGCAGGCAGAGGCGAUUCAGUGGGUAGGGUGCAAGAGCAAGGGCAAGGGGGUUCAGGGUCGAUUAUCCCAUUGCCUCAAGAUGUGGCCAGAGUGCAAGGGGGCACUGAGGCGUCUGAAAAGCAUAUGGGCAGUGUUGUUAACGGGGUAGAUCGGGCAGCAGGGGAGUUGGUAGAACCAAAAAUACUUGGUCAGGUUAGCAGCUCUGAUGCAGCGGUAGCAUCAGCAGCAGCCGCAGCAUCAGACACAGGGGAUGAUGCGAACGAUCUGGGUCGUGAUGUUGCUGUAUCAGCAGCUGUGGCGGCAAAAGAGCUUGUAGCAGCACCAGACACAUCGAUAGCAGAAACAUCUGUAGCAGCAGAGCCAUCAGAAGCAGAAGCAGGUGCAGCAGAGACACAUACACCAGACGCGAGUGCACAAGGAACGUUCAGAGUAUUCAAUUCCCAAUCCAACCCUGGGCAUCUGGAACCCCAGCCUCGCCCAUCCCCACUCCUCCAGCCUGCCCUUGCCUACUCCGAACCGGCUUUGGUGACUUCCGAGCCUCUGCCAGAGGUUCGGAGCGAGGCUUCUGGAGGAGGCGAAGAGAUUAGCAGGGACGAGGAGGAGGAAGGGGAGGAGAUUGAUAUGGAGGUGGAAAGGAGGGAAAAUCUAAGGCGGGCGGGAGGGGGAAGGAGAGGGGGAAAGUCAGCCAGAGGCUACUCUAGCAGCACUGGAAGCACGAGCAGGACCAGCUGGGGGGAUGAGAGAGAGGAGGCGAGACGAGGGAGAGGCGAUGGUGGUGCGAGGAGAGGAAGGGAAACAAUCGGAGCAGGAGGAGGAGGAAGGGGCGGAUUGGAAGAUGGCAGUCGGGAGCUGUCUCCCCCGCGGUUUGGGCCGACGCUGAAUGCGUACAACUCACUCCUGAACGCGUAUGCCAAGGCGGGGGACGUGGACAAGGCGGAAAAGACCUUCAAGGUAGGCUUGGGAUUAGGCCGUGAGCUGUCUCCCCCGCGGUUUGGGCCGACUAUGAAUGCGUACAACGCGCUGCUGGAUGUGGACAAGGCAGAGAAGACCUUCAAGCGUCUCAUGGCACGGGGAUUCUACCCCUCAACCGUCACUUUCAACACGCUCUUCUCGCUCUACGCCUCGCUGCCCUCCUCCGCCUCCUCGCUCGCUGCUGCCCGCCGCCUGCACGCCCUCAUGCUGCACAUGGACGUCCCUCUCGACGUCUACUCCUGCUGCUCUCUCAUUGGCCUGCUCAGCCGCUCCGGGCAGGUUGAAGAAGCCGUUGGGCUGUUUGAAAGAAUGAAAGCGCAGGGCGUGCAGCCGGACUCGCACGUCUUCAGUGCAAUGAUCGCCAUGUUCGCCCGCCAUGGCAAGUUGGAGUUGGCGCUGAGAACCUUCCAGGAGAUGAAGGCGGCGGGGUGUGCAGUGGACAUGCCCGUGCUGACGUCCAUGAUCGGCGUUUACCACCGCCUGGGGUUGCUGGAAGAGGCGUCUGCAGCAGCAAUGGAUGCUAUAACUCAGGGCAGCGGGCAUUUAGACCCGGUAAUCGCCAGUGCCAUCAUCUCCCUCUUCUCCAAACAAGGCCGGCUUGGGGACGCUGCAGGGCAACUGGACGCCGCGGAAGCACUCUUUGCUGAGAUCCUGGUGAGUGGGUGCAGAGAGAUGGGGUGUGGUUGGUUUGGUGUAGCAUUUUGUUCCUCAGUGGAUGCAGUGCUGCUGAGCACGAUGAUGGACGCGUACAGCAAGCAAGGCAGGGCGGGGCAGCUAGACGCCGCGGAAGCGCUCUUUGCUGAGAUCCUG